AGUAAAAAUGACUCGAUAUGCUUUGUGACCGAAGAAAAAGAAAAGAAAGAAAAUAGAUAGAUUGAUUCUGCUGUUCUUGUUUGAGCGCAGCGAGCACGCAAGCAAUCAAAACCCUAACCCUACGGUAUUGCAAUUAAAUUUUUUCGAUUCGAUUCGAUUCGAUUCUAUUGGGGAAUUAAAGGAUGGGGGCGAGUCGGAAACUUCAGGGCGAGAUCGACCGCGUUCUCAAGAAGGUCCAAGAAGGCGUGGAUGUCUUCGAUAGCAUAUGGAACAAGGUUUAUGAUACGGACAAUGCGAACCAGAAGGAAAAGUUUGAGGCGGACCUAAAGAAGGAGAUUAAGAAGCUCCAGAGGUACAGGGACCAAAUCAAGACUUGGAUUCAAUCCAGUGAAAUCAAGGAUAAGAAGGUCAGUGCCUCUUAUGAGCAGGCUCUGGUGGAUGCUCGCAAGCUUAUCGAGCGUGAAAUGGAAAGGUUUAAGAUUUGUGAAAAGGAGACCAAAACAAAAGCAUUUUCUAAAGAAGGCUUGGGCCAACAACCUAAAACCGAUCCGAGGGAGAAGGCCAAGUCUGAGACAAGGGAUUGGAUAAACAAUGUGGUUGGGGAGUUGGAAUCUCAGAUUGACAGCUUUGAAGCUGAGAUUGAAGGCCUAUCUUUCAGGAAAGGGAAGGGCAGACCACCCAGACUGACCCAUCUAGAGACAUCUAUUACUCGGCAUAAGGCUCACAUAAUGAAGUUAGAACUGAUCCUGAGGCUAUUGGAUAAUGAUGAACUGAGUCCUGAGCAGGUCAAUGAUGUCAAAGACUUCUUGGAAGACUAUGUUGAACGCAAUCAGGAGGAUUUUGAUGAAUUUAGUGAAGUUGAUGAGCUUUACAACACCUUACCAUUGGACAAAGUGGAGUCCCUUGAAGAUCUGGUUACUAUCGUCCCUCCUGGUCUUGUCAAGGGUGCACCGGUGCUUGGCUUGAAGACUUCUUUGGCAGUAUCCGCAACUCCAAUGCCUGCCGCAGCUACUUCCACUACUCAGCAGAGUACUUCUGUACAAGAGCCAGUUGAAGAUACAGUUUCCCAGGACAGUAAUGUUGAUAAUAUUCCUAGGACUCCACCUCCUAAAAGUAGUGCACUUGCUUCUUCUCCUGCAUCAACACCAGUUGGGGGUCAUGCAAGUCCUCUCUCUGUUAGUGUUUCAUCUCACAAUUUGCCUGGUCCGCCAAGUGUUUCAGCCGUUCCAGGUUCAAUUGCUGUUCGUGGUGUCACAGAGAAUGCAGGAGCUUCUAAUUCUUCAUCUCCUGUAAGUCUGUCUGCUUCUGUGAAGGAAGAAGAAUUAGCAAGCUUCCCGGGCCGUAGACCAUCGCCAUCUCUUUCUGAUGGUGGGCUUGUGAGGGGCGUUGGUAGAGGUGGCCUCUCUGCACAGAGUCCAUCUAGUAACCCUCUUAGUUCUAGCAAUGUAGCUCCUAGUAAUAGUACCCUUAGUGCAGCUCCUUCGGUUUCUGAUGUGACAAAGAGAAAUAUAUUGGGAGCUGAUGAGAGAAUUGGGAGUAGUAGCGUAGUGCAGCCUCUUGUUUCCCCUCUAAGUAACAGAUUGAUCUUGCCUCAAGCUGCCAAGGCUAGUGAUGGAAGUAUUCCAGUUGAUUCUGGUAAUGCUGGUGAGGCUGCUGCUAUUCCUGGCAGAGCAUUUUCUCCUUCUAUGGUCUCCAGCAUGCAAUGGAGGCCUGGAAGUUCCUUCCAAAACCAGAACGAAGCGGGGUUGUUUCGUGGAAGAACUGAAAUAGCACCUGAUCAGAGGGAGAAAUUUUUGCAGCGGCUCCAACAAGUGCAGCAAGGUCACAGUACCAUUCUCGGCAUGCCUCCUCUUGCUGGUGGAAAUCAUAAGCAAUUUUCUGGACAGCAGCAAAAUCCACUCUUACAACAGUUUAAUUCUCAGAACUCAUCUGUAUCUUCUCAAGCUGGCCUCGGAGUAGGGGUACAAGCCCCAGGUCUUGGUACUGUUGCACCUACCACCUUACAGCAGCAGCUAAAUUCUAUCCAUCAACAGUCUAACCAACAGGCAUUGAUGUCGAGUGGACCAAAAGAAGCUGAUGUUGGUCAUCCAAAAGUUGAGGACCAGCAGCAACAACAAAAUACACCUGAUGAUUCAACUGUGGACUCUACGCCGGUUUCUGGGCUUGUAAAGAAUCUAAUUAAUGAGGAUGAUUUGAAAGCCUCAUAUGCAAUUGAUUCUCUGGCUGGAGUUUCUGGCUCUUCGACAGAGCCUGCUCAAGUACCACGAGAUAUCGAUCUCUCUCCUGGGCAACCUUUACAGCCCAAUCAACCUUCUGGUAGUCUUGGUGUUAUUGGCCGAAGAAGUGUUUCUGACCUUGGUGCAAUUGGUGAUAACCUUUCUGGAUCAACUCCUAAUUCUGGGGGAACGCACGAUCAGUUGUAUAAUUUGCAGAUGCUUGAGGCUGCUUAUUACAAACUUCCACAACCCAAAGACUCGGAACGUGCAAGGAGCUACACUCCAAGGCACCCUGCAAUAACUCCUCCUAGCUACCCCCAAGCACAAGCACCUAUUGUUAACAAUCCUGCCUUCUGGGAACGUUUGGGUCUUGAACCGUACGGCACUGAUACCCUGUUCUUUGCAUUUUACUAUCAGCAGAACACUUAUCAGCAAUAUUUGGCAGCCAAAGAGUUGAAGAAGCAAUCUUGGAGAUACCACAGGAAAUAUAACACUUGGUUUCAACGACACGAGGAGCCAAAAGUUGCCACUGAUGAAUAUGAACAGGGGACAUAUGUGUACUUUGACUUCCAUAUCGCAAAUGAUGAUCUACAACAUGGAUGGUGUCAAAGGAUCAAAACCGAGUUUACUUUUGAAUAUAACUAUCUUGAAGAUGAACUUAUCGUUUAGAAAAUGUUCAGAGGAUGCUAUGCUACCACAUUGAGCAUGUCAUGGUCAACUUCCUGGUAAUAAUAGAGUCAGAAUAUUGGUGGUGGGAGCUUGUUGAUGGUUACAGGUUUACUAGGCUUAAUGUUGUUGAUGGUAUCUACUAUCUAGUGUUUGAUUUUUUUUUAACUGUAAAAGGGAGACUAUUUUUGUCUUUUCCGUCUAUAAUGAAAUACAAAUGUAUUGUUAUUUCUCCACUUUUGUUUUAUUUAGCACAUUAUGUAUAUUGACGAAAGCAAAAGGCAAAGUUGAAAGCUCAAAGCUCAAAGCUCAAUUGCUUGCUAGUAGGGUGCUAUGCUAUGGGCCACUAAUUUCUUCUAGGUUAUUAAACUUUGGUAGUGGCUCUUUUUAAUUUAACGUGGUAAAGCAAAUGCUGCUGACUGAGUUA